CUAUGCCAGAAAUCAUAAGACUUACAACUAUUGUCAAAGGCGAAGCUCUAUCUGAUCGCAUUUGUAACUAUCGAGUAAAAGGUAUAAGUGUUCUCAAGUGCAUUUAAGUGUCGUGGGUAGAAAAACUGAACUGAACAUCAGCACUGAUUGCUUCAGCAGCUACAAUAUCCUUAAAGCGUCGUGCCGCUCAGCUGGUAGAGUGUUGAUAAGUUCAUCAACGUAUAACCGGCAACAGCAAGUGUCGCCCUCAACACAACGGUAGUGGCCCACACACGUUCAAGCAACUACGUCACAGAAGAUCUUUUAAUAUAACGACAAUUAGUAAGCUUAUACCUUGUUGUAAAUUAUACUUACAACAACGAUAAUCAAUAAAUCAGAGAGUGUGCAUUAAAAGAGUGAAUGAAAAUUAUUUCAAUUGUAAACCUCUCCCUUCUCACUACACUAAAGUUAUGAGACAAUGUGAUCCAAACUCCAUUGACAGUUAUGCAACGACUCGAUUUUAAAAGUACAAGUAAAUUAUUAUCAAAGCCAUACAAGUUCACUCCUAAAUUACAAUUCUGUUUUCAGAAAAUAUGUGGGCAAACACGGCGAGACGCUUGAGCCAGUGCACUCGAGGAAAACAAGACAAAUAUUUUGAUAUGAUCGAGAGAUACACAAAACUCAGCCGCGAACACUUGACACCCGAGCUGCAAUUACAUUUGCUAACGCCCGACUGUCCGCUUUAUACCGCACGAGCGGACCAAGUCGAGAGUCACUUUGCCGAACCAUUUUGGGCUAUAUACUGGCCGGGUGGUCAGGCCAUGGCUCGUUACCUCCUCGACGAAGGGACACAAUUAUUUGCCAAGAUCAGGGCUAAGAACGCUGCGGCCAACUCCGGCGCGCUCAAAGUUUUGGACGUCGGCUCGGGCUGCGGAGCGGCUGCCAUCGCAGCAAAAUUCGCAGGCGCUAACGACGUCAUUGCCAAUGACAUCGACCAAGUGGCCUGUGCUGCAGCGCUGCUGAAUGCGCGAGUCAAUGGAGUGGAAAUUAAAACUUGUCCAACAGAUUUAUUUAGCCAAGGAAGAGCAUUGGCGGAACGCUUUGAUGUAUUGCUCAUCGGUGACUUAUUGUACGACGAGGCAAUUGCAGAUCUUCUACUGCCAUGGCUCGAGGCAAACCAAAGGAAACACGGCUCGGAGAUUUACAUCGCUGAUCCGGGACGCCACGGCAUGAAAGAAAAAUUACGCCGACGAUUACAAUUGUGUCGCAAGUAUCCUUUGCCUGAAAAUGUUCGUCGAGAAAAUCAUGGUUUUACCGAAGCAGCUGUUUGGAAAUUUAACCAGGCGCCGAAAGGGAUUUGAAAUGUAAUUCACUUAUUAUUGAAACAUCUGAACAUGAAACAAUUUGUUUUACAAACUUAUUUAAACAGAAAUCAUGUGUGCGGGAAGCAUUUACUUAUCAUAUAAAUUGUAAUGAAAUACAUUUUUAUCGAAAUUCUCAAGUCCUUAUCAAUUUGAUACAUCUCUGAUUUUCAUCCGAUUAAUGUUACAUAUUUUUUGUAGAUUUUUAGAUUAUUUUGUACUGUAACACUUUUAUAUACCUCCAUAGUUGUUAAUAAAAACUAUUUUAAAUAUCACAACAUUAAGUUUAGA